AUGUUUUCGGCAUGGACAAACGGUAGACUGCAUUCUCCAUAUCAUAGAGCGAUGAUGAGUGGAAAUGAGGCUAGGUACUCAACUGGAUUGUUCUCUGUCCCUAAGGAAGGGUACAUAAUAAAAGCCCCAGAUGAGGUUGUGGAUGAAGAGCACCCUUUGAUCAUGCUCAAUUUCUUGACUUCUGUAAUUCAGAUGCUGGCAAGAGAGCUCCCUCUGCUUUGA